AUGGAGAAGAAGAUGAUAACAAACCCCAUCUGUCCUUCCUAUUUAGUUGGCUUUAUUGGGUUUCUUAUCUUUCUCAAAGUUAGCGAUUGGGCAAUCAGGAUUCACAAGUUCUACUCAACAAACUCAGGUUUUCUAUUUAGUUGGUUUUGUUAUGAGAAGAAAAACCCAAAUCCCGAACAUUUGAACAAACAAUUAAGCUUUGAAGAGAAGCUAGAUGAUGGAAAGCUAUGCCGAGGAGAGGUGGAGAUGGUGAUGAAGAAAUUGGGCAUUUCUUGUGACCCAGAUGGUGAGAAGCUUCAGGAGAAAUUGGGUUUGGACGAGCUUUUGCACCUGUUUGAGGAAAAGGAUCCGAGUUCAGAGGAAGUGAAGGAAGCUUUUGAGGUGUUUGAUGAGAACAGAGAUGGGUAUAUAGAUGCAGAGGAGCUACAGAGAGUGCUCUGCGCCCUGGGCUUCUUGGAAGGAUCACAAUCGAGGGAUUGCAAGAAGAUGAUUGGAGCCUUCGACAGCAACGGAGAUGGAAGGAUUGAUUUCACUGAAUUUGUAAAAUUUAUGGAGAUCAGCUUUUGUUGAACUUGUUCUUUC